AUGCGCCUCCUGCGACUUGGAGCACAGGACGAACUCAAUGAGUACCAGUUCAAUCAUGACCCACCCCGUUAUGCUAUCUUUUCGCACACCUGGGGGCCUCCGGAAGAAGAAUAUACGUUCCAAGAUUUGAUACAGAAGCAAUCGCAAGAUAAGAAGGGAUACCAGAAGAUACUGUCUUUCGGAAAGCAGGCUAAGCUGGAUGGUCUUGACUUCUUCUGGGUCGAUACCUGCUGUAUCGACAAAACCAGCUCAGCCGAGGUGGCAGAGGCGAUAAACUCCAUGUUCAGAUGGUACCGGAAUGCACAGAAAUGUUAUGUGUAUCUCGAAGAUGUAGUGUACUUUCAUGGCGCCGAUAUUGACACUCAAUUUCGAAAAGCUAGGUGGUUCACUCGGCGUUGGACCUUGCAAGAACUCAUCGCUCCCAGAAUCGUCGAGUUCUUCUUGCACGACUGGAAGUCCCUAGGUAGCAAGGAGGCACUCAAAGAAGUAAUUCACGAAAUUACAGGCAUUCCACUCAGUGUACUCCAAGGACGUUCACCUUCGGAUUUUCCAGUCAAUGAGCUGAUUAUGUGGACAAGAGGUCGAGAUACGACACGCCCGGAGGAUCAAGCAUACUCUUUGCUGGGAAUAUUUGAUAUUACCAUGGUACCAAUGUACGGGGAGGGGGCGGAAAACGCUCUGGCACGCCUCCGGAAGAUACUAUAUGAGGAAUUUGACUGGCCAAGGCCUAAAACUCUCUCUCUGGAUCUCGUUGCUCGCAAAGAUCCAGAGAGAGACAUAAAGGAGGAGGAGGAGGAAGAAGAAGAAGACAACUCCGAACCCGAGGAUGUGGAAAGCAUAUUCUCAGACACCGAUGCCUCAAUGUCCUCGAAAUCUUCAGUUGAACUAAAUCCCGUCCGUGUGAGCGGAAUCAGAGAAAUAACGCGCGUCUUCCUCGGUCACGAUGAGUUCAAGUCUCUAUGUACUGCUGCGAUCAACAAUGUUGCCGCGGGAAAGAGCCGUGCGCACAUUCGUGGGUUUCUCAAGAACUACGGGAACCAUUUAGACGAAGAGGCACGCAAUCCGCUACAACAUCAAGCUGCUAGAUUUGUUCGAGAAGUUGCCGGACGGAUCGCUGAUGAAAUAAGAUGGUCGAUCACUGGCUUUGAUGAAGUAAGAGAGAGAGAAACGACAGCAGAAGAGAAGCCGAACUUGGAAAAGUGGCUUUCCACUGUUGGGGAGGGGGACAUGGAGAAGGCGCCGCCUCCACCUCCGGCUGACGAUAACGACUCAGAUAGUGAUGGAUCAGACGACGGCCUCAUCACCGAUGACACUUUUCCUCAUAUCGAAGCUGUCCAGGAUUUCCUCCUCUCGAGCAAUGCUUUCGAAACUCUACUUCGAGCAUUUGAAAACUGGACUAACCUCAAGAGACGUCCGGAUUCUGAUACAAAACCCACAGCUAGUCCAACGCCGCAAAGCCAAGAGACGAUAGAUUUCAACAAACCCGUGGUGCACAAUGUUAUGCUUCCAGUGGAUCACUUGAUGCCAAGCACUUCAGACAAUGUCGAGAAGUCGACACCAGAUGGCUCAGUGAUUGAUCCGAACCCUGGCCCAAGGAGCAGAGCAGAGAGUCUUCGGUCUCUAAUUUGGAGUAUUCUCGACUUCUGGGGCGUUCUUUUCUCUUUCCAUGAUCUGAUGGAUCUAUUUGUAGCUCGUCACCCAGUCGGAUACGAGAGAGUUCGCUGGCGUUGUAGCUGCAAUACUGUACUUUGGGGGGACUUUCCCGUUGAUGACUCCCACGCCUUGGCGCAGCUGAAAGAAGAUUUGCUCAAUAACUUCUCUCCGGCCUCCAACCAUUCAAAAUCUGGAUCUGCCGGGAAAGGAUCAAUGGGACAUAUUUCUGAGCACCACGGCGAACAACAAGCACCCAGUCAUGAGAAGGCUGAUCAAGCUAGUACCACUUCAAAUCUAAACAAAACAGCAGGCAGCUCAGAUGCUUCCUCUUUCCCUAGACGAGAAUCUGGGAAUCUUUCCGAAUUGGUUUCUGAGGCGAGCAACUUGACCACGUCCAACCAGCACCCAGUAGGCUUGACUAAAGUUACCGUCGACCGGGGCGAAUCAAUCUAUUUUGAAGUCUGUACCGAUAUCGGCAACUCCGCUGUUGGUCAUUUCGAAAUUGACAUAACCCAAACUGCAACGGAUGGCGAGCUGUUUGAGAAGAUCUGGGAUAUAUACAAUCGCAACCGCGGGGUUGGUCUCAGGCGUUUGUUUCUUCGGCCCUGCAAUGUGCAUUUUGUCUUGUUCUCAAUCAGUACCGUAAAGACCACACAGUACAGCGCCGGCAUUCAUGAAAAGCCUGCAGAAUAUCCCCCAGAUGAGGAGCUCCAACGCCGGCGAUACCACUACCACACGCCCAAACUGAUGAUGCCCCCUCACGUAUUUAUACAUUUUCUGCACCGAGCGAGGUGGAAUGUGUGGGGAGACCAUGCCAACGAUACUUGGCUCAAGCGACUGCCCAAGAAACUCAACGAGAGUAUGCUUGCUGCGCAGGCAUCUGAAGCUAGCUCAGAUCCAGACCUUGCCUUUGGAUGGGGUGUACACAUUCUAGAUGGGCCGAAUCAUGCUGUUCUAGGCUUCUUUCUCGCCGCCGGGCUCCUGAUUACUUUUGUGAUUUCGUGCUUGAUUCUGGGCAUUGCAAAGACCCAAGAGCAGGCUUUUGGAGUUGGGCAGUACUUGAUUGCGAUACUUGUCGCACUCAUGUCUGCAGUGUAUUUCAAGCUUCAGGAUCAGUGA